UGAAAGCUUAUCACAAUAUCCCAAGCUUCUGGUCAAGAUGAAUUUCAAUUAUUUUAUUUUAGUGGUCUUUUUCAUAACAUCUGGACAUGCCAAAAGUGAAACUAGAGACGUUCAGCAAGAUGAAGCAGAAAACCAUAUUAAAAGAGGAUCAAACACAGGAUUCAAUUUUAAGACUUUGGCCAAUGGGAAGAGAUCAGCUGAAGACAAAGACUUGAGUUUGUUUGGUAUAAUCCAGGAUAUAAAUAAUGGGAAGAGAUCAGCUGAAGAACAAGAUUUGGCAGAAGACCUUGUUACAAGAGGUUCAAACAAAGGCUUCAAUUUUAUGGUUGAUAUGAUCCAGGCAUUACAUAAUGGGAAGAGGUCAGCUGAAGAACAAGAUUUGGCAAAAGACCUUGUUACAAGAGGUUCAAACAAAGGCUUCAAUUUUAUGGUUGAUAUGAUCCAGGCAUUACAUAAUGGGAAGAGAUCAGCUGAAGAACAAGAUUUGGCAAAAGACCUUGUUACAAGAGGUUCAAACAAAGGCUUCAAUUUUAUGGUUGAUAUGAUCCAGGCUUUACAUAAUGGGAAGAGAUCAGCUGAAGAACAAGAUUUGGCAGAAGACCUUGUUACAAGAGGUUCAAACAAAGGCUUCAAUUUUAUGGUUGAUAUGAUCCAGGCUUUACAUAAAGGGAAGAGGUCAGCUGAACAAGAGAAAGACAUGAAUUGAAAAUAAACCAGACUGCCUCCAUAAUCUCCCAGAGGAACUAUCUAAAAAUGAAAUCAGAAGCUUCA